AUGACGGAGGAAGAUCAUCACAUUUUUAGAUCCGAAUCUCGCCCUUUGUAUACGCUAGUAUCUCGUGUUGACUGCCAGUGGCUCAUGACAUCAGUUGACGGUUAUCGUGUACCUCGCAUAGAGAGAUUUAGCACGUUGGGACAUCUUCUCAAAACCACGGCGCGGCUUAGACGCAUACUACCGUUAUUUCGAGGCAACAGAGGGGUUGUGGUCUCCGCCGAAGAGCAGAACUUGGCGCUGGUCUUACACAUUCGUCAGGCACAAGGUAAUACUUUCAAACAGGAUAUUAAAGCACUUGUAUCUAAUUCCGGAAUUGAGGGUCGCAGUCCACUUCUACCCCUAAACCCGUUUCUGGAUGAAAAUCGAAUAUUGAGAGUAGGGGGCCGACUAACCAACGCUGACAUGAGUAACGAUCAGCGACACCAAAUCAUAACAGAUGCUCCAGUUUCUCCGACAACGCUUUUGGCUCAUAUGUGCGCGGGACCAGGUAAAAUCUUACAUCUGGAGGUGCACCGUAUGUUGAAGACAUCUGCAAAUUACGCAGCGGCAACAGAUGGCGUCGUUACCAAAGCAGCGUGUCCUUGUUGCACCACCAUUUUACCGCAGUGGCUUGGAUUACUGUGGCCCCUUCCGAGUUGGCAGCAAGCGCUCAGCAGUUACGACAAAAACUUAUGCAGCCAUUUUCUUUGUAUGGCAUCGCGUGCAGUUCAUAUUGAGCUGGCCGAGGACUUGAGUACACAAGCAUUUAUAAACGUGUACGACCGCUUCGUGAGUCGACGAGGCAUCUGCGCUACCUUAUACAGCGAUAAUGGUAGUCAGUUUAUUGGUGCGAAUCGACAACUGCAGGAGGAUUUACAGGCAUGGGUGAAUGUGUAUUCACAACACCUGGUGGCUGUAGGAACCCACUGGAAGUUUAUUACACCAUCGUCACCUCAUCACGGUGGCCUUUGGGAAGCAGCGGUGCGUUCUGCCAAAAAGCAUCUCACGGCCAUUGCUUGCUUUAUACGAUGA